AUUUCAUUAAAAUAGUUAAUGAUUCUGCAAUAUCUGCCUAGUUUUAAACAUAUCACAAAUUUGAAAUUCAUCUGAAAUUUCAAGUCUUCAUCUCAACAACACGUGUUUCUGCAUAUCGAAAUUCAGUUGAAUUCACCGAUCCAUGACGAAUCAUCGAUUUGGAGACGAUAAUCUACAACUGAUAGACUUUUCUGAAGAAGAUGAUUAUUUAAUCGCGGUUCCUUAUCGCGCUUCUCUCGAAGAUCUUCGACUUUCAGUAUCAUUUGAUAAUGUAAAUGGGCAGAGUAAUCACAUUCUAUCCGAAUCAGUAGACCCAAGAAGACAAAGUUUUUUGCGUAAAAGCUUAGCGUGGGAUAGUGCCUUCUUCACGAGUGCAGGUGUGUUGAAUCACGAAGAGUUGUUUUUGAUAAAUCAAGGCUUCAAGAAAACCGAAUCAAACCAGCCAUCUCCUACAACUCAAAAGGAUAGCAAAAGAUCAAAAACUCCAACCAACAAUGGUGGAACAGCAUGCAGCCAAUCAAAUGCGUUCUCAUGCAAGAAAAUGAAUAGCUGCCCUCAAAAUAAGGUGAAAUCGGUUCGACCUCUAAAGGGUCAGAGUCCCAAUCUACAAGGAACAAGUGGUAUUCCUAAAACGAGGAUAACAGAUCACCAAGUUAUGCAGGACAAGGUGUCAAGUCUUCCAAAGCUCUUCUCAUCUAGACAGACUAACAACAAUGUAGCUGGUGAAGGAUCACACAGUGGUAAAACGGGAAACAAAACCAGAAAGGCGGGAACAGCACAAGAGUUGACUGCGUCCAAGAAGUUUCGAUCAGGAGACUUAUUUGGUCUUCCUAAGUCAAUCUCUUUUACAUCCCCUACAACCGAAAAGAAUUCAAAACUUCAUCGUUCAUAUGAAUCAUCUUCUAGUGCUUCUUCUUCCAAGAAGACGUUAUCUAAGUUUAUCAAACGGAAAGUCAACCCCAAAAACAUGAAACCGGUCAACUCUCCUUCCUCGGUCCAUCAUCCUUUGUCGUCUACAUGUUCUUCUAACACAUCUCCUGCUAGCUCUGUUGAUGGAUGGCUUUCAGAAUCGUUAUCUUCAGCUAGCAUACCGGUACUAGAUUUUCGGUCUCAAAAUUCUGAGGGAAGAAAGUUUGUUGGUCAAAAGGCCACAAGAUCCUCAAUAGGGACCGGCCCGUUUUCUGGUGGACCAAAAAGAAAGAUAAAACCUUCGGGUCUACGUUUGCCAUCUCCAAAGAUCGGAUUCUUUGAUGAGGAACCGAUCUUUAACCGAAGUACGCAAGACCAUUUUGGGGGACUGAGUCCUCCGCCUAACGGAAACGCAUCAAACAAAUUGCAGUUAAAGCGCGAUGGGCAAACACCGAAAGAGAUUUUAAAGAUGAAUUUAGAUCGAAAACGGCAGAAAGAUGACAGCGGUUCGUUUCAAGCCGAGAAGGAGAACGUGUGUAGUUUUGAAGAUCAAGUGAAUGGUUUAAGUAGACAGUUGGAGGUUAUUGAUCUUGCAGCUGCUGCUGAGCAUAGUACACCUUGCUCAAGAACUCCUUUAGCAAAAAAGAAGUUUGGUAAGUGAUUAUUUUUUUUACUUUUAAUUUUUAAAUCAAAAUUUGUUAUGAUUUGACGCUUUGAGUUCUAUGUUUGAAAACAAAACAUGUUUUUAUUAACAAGCGAAUUAGAUUAUGAGUUGAUGAA